ACAUUUCUUCAUCAUCAUCUUCUUCUUCUUCUUCUUCUGUUACACAAAACUGCAAAGUAUGGGUACUGUCAUCGAUUCCCAUUUCUUAGCCCUCACCGCCAUUGUCACUAUUGCCUAUCAGUUUCUGUUUUUCGUCGUCACUGCGCUCCUCAAAUUCGACAAAGUCACUGAUUUUGCUGGAAGUACAAAUUUCAUUAUAAUUGCUGUAUUGACCCUCGUGCUCAAAGGUGCUUGGCAUUUUCGACAGAUAAUUCUGACUUUGUUUGUUGUAUUAUGGGGACUUCGUCUCGCGCUUUUCCUCUUAUUCAGGAUUUUGCAGUGGGGAGAGGACCGACGCUUUGAUGAAAUGCGCAAUAAUUUGGGCAAAUUGGCAAUAUUUUGGACAUUUCAGGCUGUCUGGGUGUGGACUGUGAGUUUACCUGUUACAGUGGUUAAUGCAAGCAACAGAAAUCCUUUUCUGGAGGUUGUGGAUAUAAUAGGGUGGAUUUUGUGGUCUGUGGGUUUUAUUGUUGAAGGUACAGCAGAUCAACAAAAGCUGCGCUACAAAAAAUCUUCAGGAAAUAGAGGGAGGUGGUGUGACGUCGGACUUUGGAAAUAUUCUCGUCAUCCUAACUAUUUUGGUGAGAUAUUGCUUUGGUGGGGAAUUUUUGUGGCAUCUACACCUGUACUGAAGGGUGCUGAAUGGCUGGUAAUAACUGGACCAAUCUUUCUCACCUUGUUGCUUCUUUUUGUCAGUGGCAUUCCACUGCUUGAGGAUUCAGCAGAUAAGAAGUUUGGCAAUGUGGAUGGAUAUAGGGUGUACAAAAAGAGAACCAGCCCUUUAAUCCCGUUGCCACCAUCAGUCUAUGGGAACUUGCCUGCAUGGUUCAAAACUAUUCUCUUCGAGUUUCCAAUCUACAGUCGUAAUCUUCCACAAGAACAAUCAAACUGGUUGACGUAAACGGUAUUAAAUUAUUUACUAUUGCGCAAGGUGUAGAGUAAGCAGUGAGAAACGCAGUGAUGCUCUGAAAAUUGGCUAGCAAUCGGUUUCUGAAUUUGUUUGAUUCCUAUCUUACGUCAGACCAGAAUUUGCAGCAGCCAUCGUCAUCUACCUUUGUUAGGGAUGUGGCCUUCUAAUGUUGUUGCAGGUUUCCUUCUAGUUUUUCAUUCUUUUUAAAGUUUGCCGUUCUCUUUUAUUUAUGUAUAAUGUACAUACUAAAUAUUUUGUGCAAGUACAUACUGUGUUUCUCAUUUAAUUUCUUCAAUUUCAACUAUCAUUUUGGACUUGCAGCAUGCUGACGUCGGCAGAUAUUGAACCCAAAUAUUUUGCCAAGGCAUGCUAAUAUUGUAUGCUUUAGCAAAUAUCAUU